CCGCGCGCCCCCGCCCCGCGCGCCCCCGCGGCCGCCGGAGCUCCCCUCCCGAGCCCUGAGCGCUGGCGCUGCCGGGCCUGCGCCGCCGUCCCAGCGCUCCCGCCCCCGGAGGAGGCGAGGCCCGGCGUCAACCGACUCGCCGGAGCGGCCCGGGAGGCGCGAAGGCGCCGGGCGGAGCAGCCUCGGGAGGGAGAGGAUGCCUCGACUCCCCGGCCGCGCGGCGCUCCCCCUCUGCGUGGUGCUGCUGACCGCGCUGCUGGCCGCGGUGCGAGCGCUCCCCCUGCGGAAGCCGCGGGGCCCCGGCUGGAGCCACGUGAGGCUGGCGGAGCUCUCGGCCUCCCCAGACCCCAGCUCUCCUAGAGAAGAAGAGGAGCCCCCUCUGCUCUCCAGAGCCCGCCUCCAGGCAGGGCUGCGCCGACACAGGCGCUGGGCUCUCACUGAGCCAGCAGCCCUGACCCUGGACAAGACCUCCUUGCCCGGGACCCUGGAGGACGCUCCCUUGCUGCUGGAGCUGCAGAAGCUGCCGGGAUUGGCCAACACAGAUUUGAGUGCCCCAAACCCCAAUAUCCAGGUGACCAUCGAAGUGGUGGAGGACCCCCAGGCUGAGGUGGAGAUGGACCUGCUGGCUGAGCCUAACAAUCGCUGGUCCCAGGGGGCCCCCAGCUGGCUGCCGGCCAAGGAACUCUUCUGGCCCCUAUUCUGGGGCUACCUGGAGGGCGAGGAAGGGAGGCCCAGUCUCAAGGGCAGAGCCGCAGGGGAAGAGGAGGAUUACCCUCCAGAGUACCGUGAGAGUGAGGACCAAGAGGACCACGACGAGGAAGACGACGAUGACCAAGAGCAUGGGUUCAGUGGGGGCGCAGGAGGCUGGGAGCGGGGCUGGCUGUCCCCCGGGGACCGGGCCUUCAAGGAGCCUGAUAGCUCCGGGGUGUCCUGGCCCGGGCCGUAUCCUCCCAAGGAAGGGGUGCCUUCUGCUAAUUCGCACCAAGGCACCCCGUGGGCUCUGCUUCCUCACCCCUGGCUCCCUGCCUUGACGCAGACUCAGCUUCAAGAGGAAUGGAGCCGCUGGUCUCCCUGCAGUGGGAGCUGCGGCAGCGGCAGCCAGCAGAGGACUCGGCCCUGUGGCUACACCUGCACUGCCACUGAGUCCCGUGCCUGCGACCUGCCCCCCUGUCCUGGCGCUGAGGACAAGGACUCCUUGGGCUUCCCCAGUGAGGGGUGGCGGCCCCUGGCCCACAAUUCUACGGACUUGCUCAGCCCAGAUGUGGACAGCUGUGAGAAGUGGCUGAACUGCAAGAGUGACUUCCUAGCCAAGUACCUGAGCCAGGUGAUGCGGGACCUGCCCAGCUGCCCGUGUGCGUACCCGCUGGAGGCCGUGUCCAGCGCUGUGAGCCUGCAGGACGAGCACCAGGGCCGCAGCUUCCGGUGGAGGGACGCCAGCGGCCCACGUGAGCGCCUGGACGUGUACCAGCCCACGGCCCGCUUCUGCCUGCGCUCUCUGCUGUCCGGGGAGAGCAGCACACUGGCCGCCCAGCACUGCUGCUACGACGCGGGCAGCCGGCUGCUGACCCGAGGCAAGGGCGCCGGCGCGCCCGACCUCGUCAGCACCGACUUCUCGCCCGAGCUGCACUUCAAGGUGGACACGCUGCCCUGGAUCCUGUGUAAGGGGGACUGGAGCCGCUACCACGCUGUGCGGCCCCCGAACAAUGGCCGGGCCUGCACGGACAACCCCCCCGAGGAGGAAUACCUGGCGCAGUUGCAGGAGGCCAAGGAGUUCUAAUGAGGGCUGCUGUGCUGGAGAACUUUCCUCACGGGCCGCUCACCCUGCCUGGCCCAGACCUGGUGAGGCCAGUCUGGUGCCUCGAGCCCUCUGCCUUUGAACCUGAGGCGGGGAGGUCAGCACCCCAGGUAUCGGUGUGGGGUUGGGGAAAAGGUUGAAGAGUGUAUAAGGCCCAGGGUGAGAGGAGGGAGCUCAGCUCCCAAGGCCCCCGGGGCUGCCCCGAGAUGCGUAUCUGUGGCGGCCUUACCUCUUGCCCACUGGGAGGCGCUGUCGCAGCCUGGACACCCAUUGUCCUCCCUCUCCCUCUGUGCUCAGGUGUGUGCCCGGCUCUCCACACACCCUGAUUCCCGGGACCUGCAGUGAGUCACUUAGAGCCCCAGCCGUGAGGGCCAGUCUCGUCAUCCCAGCCCGCGGGCCAGCAGCCAACCAGCCCUGGGCCAGCAGCCCUCCUCAGCGCUGAGCGGUCGCACGUGGCCCACUUGCCCACCCCCGCUGGGAGGGUUAACCUCAGCCCUGAGCAGCCUUUCGUUGGACACCACUUCAGUCUAGGGCUGAAGGCCAUCAGUGGGACCGUAAGUGGAUAGACAGGCCGUGGCAGCCAAGACAAGGCAGGAUCCAGGUGCGGAACAGAUCAAUGAAUGCUGGUCCCUUUCUUUGUCCAGCUCACCUCUGUUCUGUCCAGGUUGUAGGAAUGUGUGGGGCUGGGAGAUCACAGCGCCCUGAAUGAGCACAGCGGCCAGGCCUGGGGUGGGUUCAGAACCAGCCCAGAAGGAUGGGUCAUGUGCAGGGUGAGCUGGUAAAUCAGCUCUCCUGGGGGGUGGCAGGGGGACAGCCUCAAUUUGUAGCAUUUGGGCAAUUUCUGUGGUGUAAACGUUCCCACUGUGGCCCACUUCAGGCUCCCAAGGUGAUGUCGCUGAACACACUGAGCUCAGAGUUGGGAAGAGAUGCAUAUGAUCAGCUCUCCCAGCACACCUCGUGCCUCUUCCCUGCCUCCCCUCACCCCCCAUCUCCCCCUUCCCUCUGCAACCACACUUUCUUGCCUUCUGUGGGGUUGAAAUGCUGAUAUCCCAACUGUCUCUGUUCAUAAAAGCCUCCAAAAGUAGGGAACUUCAGUCCUAGCCCCUAGGCAGCUGCCCUGAAACUCUCUGGGAACCUCAGCGAUAAAGCACUUUAUUUUCAAAUUCUGUCUGAUGAAGAAUUUGGAGCCCCAGCAGAGCAGAGGGGUGUAGGGAGCCCUUGCUUACAGUCCAAGCCAAGCUCCCCUGGACUGCGUUUGUGAUUACCUAACCCUGCUGGGCAGCAGAGCUCCGGGGUGCAGAGUUUAGUUUAGAUUAAACAUCAGUUAGGUAAUCUUUACUUGGUUAUCUUUACUCAAACUCGUAAAGGGUUACCUAGGAGGCAGGGAAGAGCUAGCAGGACCUUAGGGGCACAUUCACUCCAAGUCCUUUGGUCAGAUAGAUCAAUUGCAUUUACACCAGAGGAAGUGACCCCACUUCCCCAAGCAACUUGCUGCAAGGGGAUCCAAUGCAGAGUUGUCCCAAGAGCUACACCUAUGAGAGAGCCCUACCUUAGUUGGUACCCUUACCACACACUCCACUGUCACUUCUGGCAUUUGGGGAAGUCACAUCAGGAAGCAGAAUGAGACAAGGUGUGUUCAGAGCCACUACCUGGAGAAACUCAGAAAGCCAGAUAUUUCCAAUUACAUCACACCUAGAGGGAGGUUUAUUAGUCUGGUCCGGGAUCACCGUCUAACAGCACUCUGGUGCAACUAGAAUAUUACAGGGUCAGAGAGGCCAGGAUCUCGGGUCACUAGGUGGUAGCCAAGUUCCCUUCCCUGUCUCUUGUCUGGGGAAUUCAAUACAAUUAGCACAGGAAUGUUUCAAUUAUGUUUUAGCUGAAACUUAAAAAAAAUAAAUAACAAGAUAGAGAUAUCCCAGAGUCUGUUUUCACAGGAAACGGCUAAUUCCCCUCCUUUCUAAUAUAAUUUACCUUGACACUUAAACACACUGUCUAAAUUUAAUCUAUACCUAAUGCUUUGUCUAUUACCCAGACUGAACUUAACCAGCCCCAUUUUUAAUCCAAGUGACAUGCUAAAUUGCUACCACGUCAGGCCACAGGUGAGAGAAACUAAAGAAAAGGGGGCUGAAAAGGAGCCUUGAAGGGGCUGGGGCGUUGAUCAGCUAUAAAAUGGUGUUUAUUCAAACUGUACAAAGGAGAAAGAGAUGCUGUGCAGGUGGCUGCCAGCUUAGGGAACACCUGUGUGUGAGCAGAAAGAAUCACAGAGGGGUCACUGACCCUGUUAAAGGGAGGAUUUCAGGAGCCGCUGAUAUCAGAGCCAGGAGAGGCCCAUGAAAUCAGAGAGGACCCUCCCCCGCUCUGGUCCAGUGUAGGCCAUCCUGGCUCACCUGGCUGUUCUUCCCAUCCCGGAUACCAGGAGCCAUCCGUGGCUACGCAUCCAGCACGAACACCACAGCUGUUUCUAACUUAGCUGCCCCAGGCACCUGGAUGUUUGUUUUUGCCCCAUUUUUCCUCCUCUGGGUUACCUCGUAAAAGGUUCUAGGCUAGGCAAGACUGGUCAUGUUGAGAGCUUCCCCGGUGGUGCAGUGGUUAAGAAUCCGCCUGCCAAUGCAGGGGACAUGGGUUCAAGCCCUGGUCCGGGAAGAUCCCACAUGCCGUGGAGCAGC